GGAGCCCGCGGCACCCGGCGGGGCCGAGGCAGUGAGCGCCGGAAGCUCCCGUCGUGCCGCGCUACCCGUCAUGGCGCUGGAGGUGUCUUCUGAGGACACGCUCGUUCCGACAUGGCUUUGAUCAGCCUGAAAAGCUUCCACUUCUGUUCACCCGGCGCACCAGCGAGCAGGCGUAUUUUGAUGACCCUAAGCAAAAGCUUGAGCUUCGUCAGCGAACGGCGAAAGCCCCAAAGCUAUCGUGCCACGGCCGUGAGGGUGCUGUGUUCCAAGGACAAAUGUCGGGAUGUGUUUUGUCGGAAAAGCCACGUGCAGCUGCGGAUGCGGUCCCUUUCUGUUAAUGAAAGCGUGCAUCUCUGUGGGGAUACGGGCAGCAACGCUAAGGCUGACGAGCGGUGGACGGAGGAACAAGUGUUCUUCAGGACGUUGAAAAGCCUCCGUACGUCGCAAGAGAUUUUUAAGUUUCUUCGCUCCUUGGAAGUUAUGUCUGAUACUAUGGCAUCGGGAGCCCUGCAGAGGAUUUCUGAAGUUGAGGUGGAUGACAACGGCCUGAAAAACCCUGAAGAUGUGCUAGAGAAUGAAGUUUUCAGGGCAUUAUGCUUUCAGUUUGAAUUUCAGUCCUCAAAAUUGUCCAACAGUGGGCUGCUGAAUGCACUGCAAGCUUUGAUAAAGCUACGUGUAGAUCCCCAGAGUACACUGAUAGCACGCUUGCUUUCAGAGUGUGAAGAGCGGCUUGCUAAUAGAAAGCUGACUGUUGACAAUCUCUGCUCUCUUGGAGAGAGUUUGCUCGAGUUGAAAGGCCCAAGUUAUGCUAUGCUGGAACAGAUUGUGAGUCGCAUGCAAGAAAAAGACAUUGAGAACUGGAGUCCUAGGGAAAUGGCGAUGGUUUAUAAGAUACUGCAGGUGGUGGUUGGGGAAAGGGAACACUGGGACUUGCUAAACAGAAUGAACAGUGCCACUUUAACCAUAGCUUACCAGCUGAGUCCAAAGUUCACAAGUGUAAUACUGAAUUCGCUGGUGGCUCUCCAUCAGACUCAGGUAGUUCCCUUAAUCUUAGCAUUAUGUAAGCAUUCUGGAAAGCAUGUUCCUCACUUUACUGAUGAUGAGUUGGUAAGCGUACUGGAAGCCUUCCUGUUCUUUGGACACCGUGAACAAAUUUUUACAGAAGCACUGGAAAAGCAUGUUCCCAAGUCCAUCCCUACUAUGCAUCCUGAAACUGUCAGCAAAGUCAUGCAGUACUGCUGUCAAAAGAAGAUCCUUUCGAAGCCUAUCUUGGAUGCAGUGGCAGAAGGUUUCAUUUCUAAUGCUGACAGCUUUACCACUGACCAGAUUGCUGAAUAUAUUGUCCCAUUCGGGACUUUAAACUACCUCCCUCCAAAUGCUUCUUCCUUGUUUAGGAAGCUUGAAACAAUACUACAUGCUCGUUUUAGUCAGUUUCAGCCUCACACCUUGUUGAAUCUGCUGCACUCAUGUGUUCUUAUUCAGCGUUAUCCAGUGAAUUUUCUGCCAAAAAUAUUUAGUCCCUUUUUCCUGCAACAGCUUCAAGCUCAGCCACCUGGUUUGGACAGAGUUGUUGCCUCCCAGCUAACACAGCUUUUUCUAACCAUUACCCUGGAGUGCCCAUUUUAUAAGGGUCCCAAACUCCUUCCAAAGUAUCAAGUAAAUACCUUUCUCACAACUCAUGGCUUUCUGGAUGUUCACCUCUUCAAAAAGGUAAAGAGUGGACUACUAUAUUUACUGAAAAAAAGAAUAUAUUUUUCAUCAGAGGUAUCAACACCAUAUUUCUAUACAGUUGAUAUUGAGAUUAAAUUAGAUGAAGAAGGCUUUAUGUUGCCUGCUACUCAAAGUGAAGAAGUACACACACGAAUUGCUCUCUGUGUUGAUGGUCAAAAUAGGUUUUGUGUUAAUAGCCAUAAUCUGCUGGGAGAAGAAGCUAUUAAACAGAGGCAUCUUCAGUUACUUGGUUAUAAAGUUGUGCAGGUUCCAUUUUUUGAAGUAGGAAGUAUAAAAUCUUGCAGAAAAAUGGCAGAAUAUCUACACAAAAAAAUCUUUCCUCAUACAUAUGGACAUGGCUGCUGACAAUGGAGAAUACCACUGUAUCACAGCUUGACCUCCUGUACCAUAACGUGUACAUAUUGUGCAUGGGAGAACAAUUCUAAUAACUCCAUGUCAGAUGAUUUCGCCUUCUGAAUGUGUGACCUUCCAAUAUUUGGAACAAUUAAUAUGUAAAGAGUAAUAAAAAGUAACAUAUUUUCUUAAGUUUUAUGUAAAUAUUUAUUGCAUAGUAUUAAUAGAUAAAAGUACCAAACAGUCACUACUGCAUUUUCCUUGUAUUUUCACUUGUUUUAAAUCACAACUGUCAGUGGACAGAUAAAGCUAUUUAAGGUUAUUAGCUGUUGCUGAAUGUACAAAAUGUACCAUGUUAUGUACCAAUCAAUCAGGUUUUUUUCUUGACUGUAUAAUAAGAAAUUAUACAAUUUAUUCCCAGCUUUUUGUAUGUUGUUUCCAAGUGUUUUAGAAAACUAAAAUUUGCAGUAGGUGCACAAGCAUCACUAGCUUAUUACACAGACUUAGGAGCUGUAGUGCUGAUCACUAAAUAGCACUGCUUUACAGAAAAUAAAAUUUUUAUGAAGGUAUUCUUUUGACACUGAGCAUUAAAAGAAGUCAGUCACACACCUGAAUGAGAAGUCAUAGGAUUAGAAACAUGUGAAAAACAUUCAAACCUGAGGGUGAGAUGAUACUGAAAGAGAAGUAGAUGACAUAAGCACAGAUAAGUAAACUAAUGCUGGUAUCUUGCUAACUUACACUCCUUUGGUGGAAAUCAUCUGGAGAUGCACGUUUCUCACAUUGGCCAGAAGGUGGUAGUGUUCUCAAACGUUUUAGUUAUUUGAACACAGAUGGUUUGCAAGUACAGUGAGACUAUUUGAAUGAAGUAAUUUGUACUGCCUGUACCAAACUAAAAAUAACGUCUAUAGAAUAUGGUCAUAUUUUAUCUCACUUGUGAUUCUUCACUUGUGAUACCCUUGAUAAAGCAUUCUGGUGUUGUUAGAAAACAUU